AUGAAACUAUCACUGUUCGUCGUUCUGGCUAUUGUGAGCAUACUGGGUGAAACAUCAGGAAAGGCCCAACCCCAAUAUUUCUGCGGCAGGCGAUUGGCAGAUACACUAGCCCUAUUUUGCCCAUCCACUGAGCUGGUCAAGAGAUCAAGCAACUUACAUAAGAGUCAUUACUACCCUGCAACUAACGGCGAGUUUCCUGACAGUGAGUUUGGUGAAAUGGGUCUGCUUUCUAGUCCACAUUUUGCUGAAGAUGAUUGGAUGUUUCGUGGUGGUCUGAAAAGUGCUCGCGGUAAGAGAGGAAUCGUGUCCGAGUGUUGCGACAAUCCUUGCACUAUCGAAGAACUGCUCACCUAUUGCUAA